AUGGAUGAUAAAAAUGCAGCUUCCUCGACAACAAAUGCUCUCAUCCUACCUAAUGUUGUCUAUCCUGUUCUCGAACAAAUGGAUAAAUCUGGUUAUAAAGAUCUACAAAAGGAUUUACGUCAACAUUUUUAUCUACUAGAACAAAUUUAUCCUGGGUUCUCUCACUGUUUUCUUCAAUCGUUCCUGCGUCAGCAAAAUCCACCGUGUACGUUGAAUCUCAAUGAAUUAACACUCAAAUUAGAAAAAUAUUGUGAUAAAUCGUCCUAUUUGAUCUCGAACUUACGCAGCGAAGCAGAAUUUCAAGAGUUAAAUCUCCGCGCGAAGAAUCUCAAACGAAUCCUCAGUCGCAUUCCCGAUGAUAUCACCGAAAAACGUGAAUUUCUCGAAACAAUCAAAGAAAUCGCCAGUGCUAUCAAAAAAACUCUCGACAGUGUUUCUAACACUUAUCAAUACUUCAAAACAUCGGAUGGCAGACAAGCUCUCGAGAAUGAAAAGAAAGAAUUCAUCAAAUAUAGUAAAAAUUUUAGUAAUACACUCAAAGCUUAUUUCCGUGAUAAUCAACGUGAUGAUGUUUACAUAGCGGCGAACCAUUUACUCGUCCAGACCGAUUAUUUGCUACGUACAAUCAAAUUCUACUGUGAAACAGAUGCAUUUGAUGAAUGUUUGUAUCCUCUGAUACCUCAUCAGCAAACAUCGAAUCGUCUCACGCCUGCUGUACGUUACAAUCACAAUGAUCAUCGACCAAUUUCGUCAGCAACGAAUCGGCCACAUUCAUCUUAUGAAACGAAUUUUACUUGA